CGUUUUAUCAGCCUAGUUAAAGGUUUAAAAUACCCCUCAGCGAGUGACGGAUGGAUGAUCGUCGACCGUCACGACCGUGCAUUGUAUUGUUUUCAGUUUUUAUUCGCACUCGCUACGAAGUUGCCGUGACCCGGAGCGCCAUGUCGCACCUCGCGCCGAUCUAAACGAAGCCUCGUGUUUUGUAUUAAGUUUGUUGUUAUACUCUGAAGCAGUGAAGUGCUGCGAGCGACCAUGGCUCGCUUGACAGAGGAGAUGGUGAUAGCGCGUUCCAAACAGUCGGAUUUGUCGUCUAUAAAGAAGUUGAACUGCUGGGGCGCGGAGCUAGGUGACGUCAGUCUACUGCGGCGGAUGCCAAACGUCGAGGUGCUAGCCUUCAGCAUAAACAAGAUCCGCAGCCUACAGGACUUCGCCGGCUGUCGACUGCUGCGAGAACUGUACGUCCGCAAGAACGAGAUCAAAGACCUGCGGGAGAUCAGACACCUGCGGCACCUCCCGGCGCUCACCUCGCUCUGGCUCGACGAGAACCCCUGCACACACCACCCACAAUAUCGACUCACAGUGCUCCGUAACCUGCCGCGGCUAGAGAAGCUCGACAACGUCGCCGUGCAACAAGAGGAGUUGGAGGAGGCGCAGCGGCGAGGCUCGCUCAUUGACUCAGAUGAUGAAGGAUACCCACAACAACAGGAAGCCUACGCAGAGAGCGUGCGGAGCGGCGGCAGCGCGCGCCGCGCCGCCCGCGCGCGCUCCAGCGACUCCAGCCCCGAGCGGGACGACUACCACAAGCACGAGCCCGAGUACCGGGACCACAGGCCCGAGCCCGACUACCGGGACCACAGGCAGGACGAGUACCGGGACCAUCAUAAUAGCAGACACGAGCAAGAGCCUUAUCGGGACCAGCAGAGGCACGAACAGACGCACGUCCCGCACGUCCCGCACGGCAGCGACGGCUCGGAGGGCGCAGCGCCCGAGCCCGAACCGCGGCCCGACCGGCAGGACCAGCAGUGUCCGCUGUCCCCCUCGCGGCGCGCGCCGGCGCCGCGCGCGUCGCCCGACGAGCGGCUCGAGCACCCCGCCGGCGCCGCCGCCAUGACGCGCUCGCAGUACGAUCCGCGCUGGCCGCGCGAGCGCGAGCGCGAGGCGCCGCUGCGGCACUCCGUGUCCGCGCACAGCGUCAAGGAGUACGCGUACGCGAUGAAUGGCGAUUGCAGGCUCGGUGUGACGUCACCGCACGAACAGUACUGCGAGCGAGGCGACAACAGAUCAGAAUACACGCCCAGCACCGUAGGCCGAGGCGAAUGGGAGCGUGAGCGAGACAGGGAGCCCCCGCGUGAGCGAGACGCACAUAGCGCGGGAUUCCCCUCCGCCGUCAUGGGGGAACAUCGCGGGUUCACCCGCCGACCCGUCACAAGGAACUCGAACCUGCUGUCGGCCGUGCUGUGCCUGGUGAAGGAGCUGGACUACCCGUCGCUGGAGGUCGCCGAGAUGGCCGUCAGAUGCCGCAUGGACGAGCUCGCCAACACGCAGUGACCCGCGCCCUCCCCCUCCCCCCCCCCCCCCCCCCCCUCCCCCGCCGGCGAGGGCGCGGUGUAGCCGCGACGCUACCAUCGGCACCGAGGACUCCAGCCAUCAGACAUAUCCAAGCGGCCGAGGUGCUUACAAAUAUCUGUACGUGCACUUUACCGUCUUGACGAUGACAACAGAUGCUUUGUUAAGUUAUGGUGAACAUCGCAGCCGCUCCGAUAUAUCUGAGAGCGACUGUACAGUGAGGGCCCCGACUUGAGUACAACAGUAAAAGCGGAUACUUAAGUUAGGACAUUGACUGUACGUACACACACUAUAUAUUCAGUUUGUACGUAUACCCCAGAUACUUCAACUGACAGGUCGAUAUGUCAUACAUGAGUACAAAUAUUCCGCUAGCUGAAGCCCAAAAUUUCAUAUUCACGAAUAUUUUGAGACUACUUUACAGACAAAUGAUCACUUGAAGAUUCAAUAAAAUCUGGGAUUUAGAUAGAGACUAGGCCGACCUAGCAGACCUGUGACUAGCUCAAACUAGUCCAUCAUAAAAAAUACAGACUAAUAUCACUAUUAACAAGUGCAGUGUUGCAUAAAGUGCGGAAAAAACUGCAAUCAUUGUGGGCGUGAAGUAGGUUGUGAUCUACAAUAUCAUCUAUAUAUGUAUUAUUGAAACAUGAACUAACAACAAAAUUGGUGUAGUGAAAAAUAUAACGGACUACAAUGGAAUUAUGUAAAAAGAUAGUAUUAUUAUUAGAUAUGGGUACACAUUAUGAUAAAGUUCAAAUUUCCUUUUUUCUAUGCAAUAAAUAAUUGCAGGUGCACUUUUUAAAAUUGGGUCUUAAUUUGUACCUUGUUACCAAAAUUCCUACAUUUACAGUCGCCAUCAGAUAUAUCG